AUGGGCGGCCACUCGAGAAAAUCGCGAAGCCGGAAAAGCUCGCCGGAACCCUCAACCUCUGCCUCAGCCGACUCAUCCUCUCCCUCGUCUGACGCCGCUUCAUCAUCCGACAGCCAGCUCGAAUCGUCGUCGAAGGUCCGAAAACGACGCCGUAACAGGGACCGUGAUCGGGAGGAUAGCAAACGGAGAAAUAAGAAGUCGCGCAGAGAUAGCGAAAGGAGAAAGAAGACGAGGAGAAAGCACAGCAGAAGAGACCGAGAGAGACAGAAGAGGAAGGAAAGGAAGAAGGGGAGAUACGAUUCGGAUGAUGAGAGCGGGUCCGGCUCAGGAUCGAGUUCGGACUCGGAGCGGGAGAGCCCAGAGGACGUGGUUAAGUUUGUGCUGAAGGAGUUUCCUGCUGUUGCUGGGGAUUUGGAGCAGCUCUUGCGAAUGAUUGACGAUGGCCAAGCUGUUGAUAUAAGAGGAUUAUCGGAGAAGUCUCUGGUCAAGCAUCUUCGGAGGCUGUUCAAAUCAUUAAAUCUUAAAGAAAAUGGGGAUCGAGUCUUUCUAUUGCCACGUAAAGCAGGUCCCACACUGGAUGUCGUGGGCCCAAUCAUCCAUUCUCACUUGCAACCUCAAAAGGAGCUUAGUCAUUUGGAUUUACCGACAGAUGCACCCUCAGUACCACCAGAACCAAAAGCUGUACAUGCAAAAGACAAUGUCGAUAAUGCUAAGGAAGAUGCUGUUGGUCCACGGAAAAGGAUCAUUGGUCCUGCAAUGCCUUCUGCUGAGUUACUUGCUGCAGCAGCCAAAUUAACAGAAGCAGAAGCUGAAUUGAGAGAUGCUGAGUUGUAUGGAGACGACGAGUCAUUUAUAGGACCUCCACCUCCUGCUCUGGUCAAAGAAGCAGAGUCUGCAAAUGAAGCAGAACGUUUUGAGGAGAUUACAAGGAUUAUCGGCGCCGAGGAAGAUAGCCCUUACGAUAUUCUUGGGGUCAACAAUCAUAUGUCAGCUGAAGGCAUGAAGAAAAGAUACUGGAAGUUGUCACUUAUGGUUCAUCCAGACAAAAGCUCCCACCCUCAAGCUCACCAAGCAUUUGUGAAGUUGAAUAAAGCAUUUAAGGAUUUGCAGGAUCCUGAUAAGCGGAAAGUACUAGAUGACAAAAUCAAGCAGAAGGAGGAACAAGAUGCAUUCAAGGCAGAACUGAAGGCAAUGCGUGAAGCUGCUCAAUGGAGACGUCUUCAAGGUAUAUCAAUGGAGGGCGAUGACAUACUUUUGGCAGAGAUGGAUGAAAAAGUCGCACCCAAGAGAGAUGAAUGGAUGACCACAUUACCUCCGGAAAGAAAGCCUGGUGUAUCCAUGCACUCGACGAGAACAUUUAGUAAGAGUUCAAAAGAAGGACGUGGUGAUACCAGUGCUUGGACCGACACGCCUUUAGAAAGAGCUCAAAAGGCAAAGAUGAAUUACUUAGAAGCGUACAAUGAGGCUGCAGCACUUGCUUCGAACGAACAAGAGAAGAAAAAACCGAACCCCGAUGCAGAACUCGUCGAUCAGUACAACAAGGCGAGACGUUCAAAAUCGCUGGUCGAGAAGCAUAAAGAGAGCCGCCCGAAGAAAAAAUCGAAGCAGGAAAAGGAAAAAGAGGAGUGGGAAGGGAAUCACCCGUGGAAGCCCUGGGACCGUGAAAAGGAUUUAACCGCCGGAAGGAAGUCAAUUAAGUUCGACAGUGAAAACAUGGCUCAGGGUCUUUCCUCCAGGUUUUCUUCCGGAAACUUCCAAAGAAACUUUCUUUAA